UGUGUUCUAGAAAUGACUAAUUGUGAGAGCUACACUGGAAAAGGAUGAACUUAAAGUACAGUUUGAAACUGAGGCUUAAUUGAUUAUAAGCGUAUUCUCACACGCCUAGUUUAAGUUGAUUAAUAGAGUCUAUAAUGACUUGUCUAUGUUGUUACUUUGACGCAAUAUCCAAUCGGAAUUACAUCUUUCAUCAUAAUAAAUUGCUUUCUUUAAGAAAUAAUUAAUAUAAGAAUAUAAGAAGAAAUGCUUACAAGCCAUGAAUUUUGAGGAUGUCGGAAUUUUCCAAACAUGAUUUCGUGUUAUCUUUCUGUGUUCAAUUCUGUUGGAUAAUAUUCCUUAUUUUAGGCUGGCAGCUCGGCGCAAAUCUCACAAUUUGUUCCGUACAAUGCAGCAGUCAAUGUUUUCUAGGAACCUGCAUACCAGGCAGUGGCCAUUGUUACGAGGGAUGUCGUCCUGGCUAUCAACCGCCGCUUUGUAAAACAGUGUGCAGUCCAAACUAUUACGGCAGAAACUGUAGUCAGAGGUGCUCCACAAAGUGUCACUUGUCAAGAUGUGAUUUCUCUACUGGAUUCUGUAUUUCUAGAAACAAUAUUACAGACUUGAGAUCUAUAGAAGACUCUGCACCAGAAGAAAGUUCCAGUGACGAUGCAGCGGCCAUUACUGUGACACUUUUGAUACUAUUAUUACUUACUGGAUCAGUGAGUUUAGUUUUGUAUAGAAAGAAAUGUCAGUCAAGACAGCAAGAGGAGCUGUUACCAGUAACUCCAGGAACAGAAGAUACAGAGAAUGAAGCAUCCUAUUAUGAAAUGCAGCCAACAUACACUUCUAACCUUGGAGAGUUUACUAUCAUCAAUAUCACAGAUAUCAGACCCAGCAGAACUAAAGCUCAUUCAGAUGCUGUAAAUACUCCUAUGACCAUGCAACAGUUAGAGUCAUAUGUCACUUCCUACAAUAGAGACAAUUUGAUCUCGCAAUUUAAGUCUAUACAGAACAGUGCUACAGCAACUACCUAUGUUGGACAGAGUGGCCCAAACAAAAGUAGAAACAGAUACACGAAUAUCUGUGCAUACGACCACUCAAGAGUGCCCUUACAAGUAACUGCAGAUACUACACAAAGUGAUUACAUUAACGCAUCCUACAUAAAGGGCUGUGGUGACAAGAUUGAAUAUAUUUCAGCACAAGGUCCACUGGCUACAACUGUCAACGAUUUCAUUCGAAUGUUGUGGGAGCAGAAGGUCGAGGUGGUAGUCAUGUUGACGAAACUUGUGGAACACGCAAGGUUUCGAUGUGAGAAGUAUUGGUCUGACUCAGGGGAGACAAUGUUUGGUGCCUUUCAAGUGUCUCUAGUCUCAGCGCAAAGCUACACUGACUACACCAUCAGGACAUUCAAGCUUCAAAAGAACAUAGAGAGACGUCAUGUGGUUCAGUUCCAGUUCACUUCCUGGCCUGAUAAAGGAAUCCCAGACUCCCCCUGGGCUCUGGUAGACUUCCAACGAAGGGUUUCAGCUCUAAAGACAACAUCUUUGCCCGUAGUCCACUGUAGUGCUGGCGUAGGUCGUACUGGCACCUAUAUAGCUCUUCAGAAUAUAGUCAACCAGGCAAUGACCACUGGACAUAUGGAUUUCUUCAACACAGUCGUCAGACUAAGGGAAGAUAGGACACACAUGGUGCAGACGGCGGAGCAGUACGUGUUUUUACACCAAGCAGCCUAUGUGGCAAUACUGAGUCAAACAGGUUCAUCCAUUUUCAAUGCAAAUAAUGGCAACAUGUCAAGUGCAAUGCCUGUAUCGUCUGCUGAACAAAACCUUUUCAUUGAACAGGAAUAUAAAAUUUUAGGUCAAAUUUGUGAACUGUUGAUGUCUCAAACACAGGAGGACGACAAGAAUUCUGAGGAAAACAAAAGGGACAGUAAAGUAGAGAAAGGUCUAAAGGACAAGCCCAUGUAUUCCAGAAUUUUAAAGUAUGCUCCUUACAUUAGAAGUGAUAGUACAGAUACUAAUAACUAUGUGGAUGCCACUUUGCUAUCGGGUUUACGACGUCAAGACCAGCACAUUUUAUCAGAGUUGCCAAAACCUACAGCUGUCAAAGACUUCUGGAGAUUAGUUGUCCAGUACAAAGUAGCCCUGGUCAUUGCCUUUGAAGUGGAUGACGUCGUAACCGACAGUACUAUCGGCUGUUAUCAGCCACUAAACACAGACUACCCAUUCUAUUGUGCAAAUUAUAAGAUAAGAUCAGAGUUCGUUUGUUAUUCCAAGUUCUGGGACGAACAUAAAAUGGAAGUACAUGUAAACUACACGAAAACAGGCAAACCUCCACUACUCCACACCUUGUCACAUGUCAAAGCUAGAAAGGUGUGGCCACUUCCAGAGAGUAUAGCUGCACUGCUGAGACAAGCUCGCUCUCAUCGUCUGCAAGAGAAUGAACGCAUUCUUUAUAUGUGCAGGAACGGAUCCAACUACAGUAAUCUGACCUACUGUGUAAACAUGCUGCUUGACAGACUGGAGGAAGGUGUGGCUCUGGCAAUGCCUCUUGUAGUUGGAGCAGUUAAGUCAAUCAUUCCAGGGGCUGUCAGAUCUUUGGAAGACUAUAAAUCACUGUAUCAAGCCAUUCAAAUCUAUUUGGAAACCACUACAAACAUUGUGACUGGACAGAACGUAGCCGGAGAAUGAAAACAAAACUCAUAUUCAAUUUCCUUUGUUUAUAACUAAGAAAACCAAAACGUUAUUUGGCUCACAUCACAUUUAUAUCAAACUUAAAUGUUUCUUUCUUUUUUUUUUUUUUGGAGGUGGGAGGGGGGGAGAAGACAUUGUUUUAACUUUAGAUAAAUCUGUUCACAAAAAUAAGAUAUGUAAACAAAAAAAAAUGUUUCAUUGUUUUACAUGUUUCUUUAGAAUUGAAGAUUGUUACAUUCUAGCCCAAAACUGCCAUCUGGGGUCAUCGAGUCUACAGUCCAGAGCGCAUACUAUUCGACAAGGCAGAUAUCUUGGCAUUUAAAGUGAUAUAUCCAAUACACUCGACCUCCAUCCACCGACUUUUUUUUUUACCGCCCCGCUGGUAGCUGUGUGGGUUAUACAAAGGUGCGGGGUUUACACAAUUUGUUUUACUCAUAAACAUAGCAUAAAGGCAACUAUGGAUAAUACCAGUGGGUCUUUCUACAUCCUAUAUAGUUCACUGUGUGGCUGUACAUCGGAAAGCUUUAUGAGCAGCUUAUUCUAAACCUCAAGAAAAAAAUAGUACCGAUGAUAGUUCUUUAAGUUCCGGUAGUUUACGCCAAGUCAAGCUCUCCACAUGCGGGGUAUAUAAAGGUGCGGGUUGUACUAUUUUGUUUUUACUAAAGGUAUUUUGUAAUUUGUGCGGGGUAUUCGCGUGUGCUGCUAAUAUGCCUAAACGGGGAAUAUGCGCGAAAAUACGGGAAUCACAUUUGUAGUCUUUGCUCAGUCUCAGUCGUAUUUUGGUAGUCUGGUUGUCUAGAUAGGAUAAGAGGCUUAUAACAGUCAUUUAAUGAUUCAAUGCUUUCUGUUCUAGGCAAUUUUUUUGUGGUCUCCGCUAGAAAAACCAACGAGUUAGCAGAGUAAGUCUUUGAUUUAUAUGCAUGACUAGAUUGGCACAUGACACGCGUAGGACGUAAUGGUUUUUGUUUUGGUGUUUUUUUUUGUUUUUUUUUUUGAAGUAGCGUCUGUAUUUGAUAAGAUAAGAUAAUACGAGACAGUAAAUUGGGGAAAGUAAGAAAUGGUAGAAAGAAUUUUAUUUCAAGUAACGUCUGUAAUAUAUAAGAUAAGAUAAUACUAUCAUCUUAUAAGAUAAGAUAAUACUAUAUUGUCGAUCGCUGAGUUGUCCAAACAAAUCUAGUCAGUUAACCUAUGACCUUAUGGGAUAUGGAUAAGGUUUAAUUUAGUUGAUAAUUGAAUGAACUGUACAUAGAACUUCAUAUUUUUUGUUUAAAUAUUAAACUUGAAUUUGUAUCGUACUGUAUUUUUAGCGUCCCCCGAAAGGGGAAAAGACGCUAUUAGUUUUGUGUGGCCUGUCUGUCCGUCUGUCCCGUUUAUAUCUCAGAAACUAGAAGAGAAAAUGAAAAUCGGACAUCAUGAUAUUUUAGAUUAUUCAAAGUUCUGAUGCAACGGCUACUUUUUUCUUUUCCGAAAGUGAACCAUCUAAUUUUUAAAAUUAUAUAUGCUAACCCUAACCCUAUUAUAUAUAGAUUUUUCCAAAAAAAAAAAAUAAAAAUACACCAAUUUAAAUGAAAAACUUCAGGGGAUGUAGCAUUUUUUUAAAAAGGUCAUGGACUUCUUCAUUAAUAACUCAAGCUUCAUUAAUAUAUUCGAGCAUUGGUAAAUAAAAUUUGCAUCUAAGGUCACAAUGGUAAAAGUGUCAAUGGUUUAUUAUAAAAUAUAUUUUCUAUUUAUUAACUAACUCAUUGAAUAGAAUACUGAUUCAAAUGUUGUUUUGACAGUCUAUAUUAGACUAAAUAGAGCCCAGAUCUAGAUAUAUUUAUAGUAAAUGUAUUAAUAAUUUGAACAAAAUUUUAAUUAUUAAGGCAAUUACUUAUCUUCUGACAGCUUACGGGUGAAGAUUUAUUUAUUAUGUAAACAAUAGUAUCACAUUUAGAAAUUAAUCGGAUACGAACAGCACAGUACACCAUUAGUAAGGGCAUUGCCUGGUAACAAAAGGCCUACUAUUCAUGAUCAUGACAUUGACCUCGGUCUAGUAAUUUUAAGAUUAAACGUGUAAAGUCAUACGAGUUCUAGUCUAGAUAUAGUAGAUUCUAUAUUAAGAUUCUAUAUCUAGCUAGAUCUAUGUCUAGUUUGUAUGACAAAUGACAAUGGAGAUAUUAAUUUUUAUUUUGCGAGGGGAAUGUCUGGUCCAAGAAGACCUACUCCAAGUCUUUCAAGUCAUUUCUAACUAGCUCACUAACUAAAAUAGGUCAAGGAUUUUUUUUUCGUGUUGCCAAUUAAUCUAAUUUUGUAAGAAGAAUAAAUCUUUUUUAGUUUCUCUUUA